UCUCUCUCUCUCUCUCUCUCUCUCUCAUCACUUUCUCUCUCCUCCCCUGCUUUCCCUCCUCCCCUGUUUCUCAAGCCAAAAAAAACACCAGGCUGCAUUGUUCAGCCAGCUGUCACAAAUUCUCUGCAUUAAUAAAGCCUCCAAUGAAAAUACUACACUUCUUAUUACUAUCUCUACUCGUUACCACACUCGUGUUGUUUCAUAAAGCUAGCAAUGUAUACGCACGCCGCCAUCACCACAUUAGCAAUAAGCAAAAGAAUAACAAAACCCUAGCUCCACUAAUAUCACCAGUUUAUGCCCCGGCCCGAUCGCCCGAUUACGCGCCAUCUAUUCCGUCCGACCCGAGCUACGGACCGGCCGCGAACGACACAACUGCGACCAGCUGCAUUUUCGACGUGACGGAUUUCGGGGCCGUCGGAGACGGAGACACCGACGACACGGCCGCAUUCAAGUCCGCGUGGAAAGCUGCUUGCCAGGUGGAGAACGGCGUCGUUUUGGCGCCUAAUGAUUUUACUUUCGUGAUCACUUCUACUAUCUUUUCCGGGCCUUGCCAGCCCGGGCUUGUUUUUCAAGUGGAUGGGGUGCUGGCGACGCCCGACGGGCCGGAUUGUUGGCCGGAAUCGGAUAGCCAUAAGCAGUGGAUCGUGUUUUACCGGCUCGAUAAUAUGAGUUUCACCGGCACCGGCACUAUAGAAGGCAAUGGACAAAAGUGGUGGGAUCUUCCAUGCAAACCUCACAAGGGGCCUAAUGGAUCAACAUUGCCCGGACCAUGUGACAGCCCGGCGAUGAUUCGAUUUUUUAUGAGUUCGAACUUGGUGGUGAGUAGUUUGCGCAUACAAAAUAGCCCCCAAUUCCACAUGAAAUUCGACGGCUGCCAAGGUGUGACGAUCGACAAAUUAUCGAUUUUUUCGCCGAAGUUGAGCCCUAAUACCGAUGGCAUUCACAUCGAGAACACAAAAUCUGUUGGCAUUUACAACUCCCUCAUACACAAUGGGGAUGAUUGCAUCUCAAUAGGACAAGGGUGUGCCGAUGUCGAGAUAGAUGGCGUCACUUGUGGGCCCAGUCACGGGAUCAGUAUCGGAAGCCUAGGCGUGCACAACUCGCGCGCAUGCGUCUCAAACAUAACCGUGAAAAACAUAAUAAUACGAGACUCGGACAACGGUCUGAGGAUCAAGACGUGGCAAGGCGGGGCGGGGUCCGUUUCCGGGAUAUCGUUCGAGAAUAUCCAAAUGGAGAACGUCAGGAACAGCGUGAUAAUCGACCAGUACUACUGCCUGACAAAGGCGUGCAGGAACGAGACGUCAGCCGUUUACCUGACCGACGUGUCGUACAAGAACAUAAAGGGCACGUACGACGUGCGGAGCCCGCCGAUACACUUUGCGUGCAGCGACACGGUGGCGUGCACGAAUAUCACGAUGUCCGAGGUCGAGCUUUUGCCGUACGAGGGCGUUUUGGUCGACGACCCCUUUUGUUGGAAUGCUUAUGGUGUGCAGGAGACUCUCACUAUUCCUCCUAUUGAUUGUUUGCAGGAUGGAAUGCCUGAGUCAUUAGCUGAAAAUGUUGUUAGUACUGGAUGCUAAUUAAUUGAUAAUAAUACGAAUUAUUAAUUACUAAAUAUUAAUUUUUUUUUAAUUCCUUC